GCCCCGGCUCGCUGUAGACUGUCGCCGGGCGACGGCGUUGUUUUUCGGAAUGUCCUGUCCCGCAGUGACCGUCGACUGACUGCCGGACUGCAGCAAUUAGACGACUCCCGUUCGUGCCCGGUGUAGCCCAGGGAGCUCAGGCAUGCUAUCUGUCUCGACUGGAAACAUUGUUGCCUGGACUGACAGUCGUUUUACUACUUGAGGGAGCCAAAGUUACCGCAAUGGAGACUUCUGGGAGUGAUGCAGCGGUCUCAUACUUGGGGAAAGCUGAGGAAAGAGACGGAUACUAUGAUCUGGAGCACCUGCCUCCAUUGCUGGAGGAUGAGGAGAAUGUGUCUCUGGCAGACAUCCUUUCUUUGCGGGACAGCUGUCUGUCCGAGGAGGAGGUGUGGGCGGUGUGUGCGGAGUGCGUCCUGGCGCUGCAGACUAUCCGACCCUCCCACCUCUUCCACACCCUGUGCAUAACACCCGACACUCUGGCCUUCAACGCCCACGGGAAUGUUUGCUUCAUGGAGCAGCUGAGUGGUUUGACUUGGCUGGCAUGCUACUGA